CAUUUGGGGCUCACCUUUUUGUCCUUAAUCCUUGCGGUCAUCAUCGGACUGCCUCUGGGAAUUCUGAUUGCCAGAAAAAGGAAACUGUCCACUCCCGUAUUGGGAGUUGCAGGUAUUUUACAGACCAUUCCGAGUAUUGCUUUGUUAGGCUUUAUGAUUCCGGCUUUUGGAAUAGGCGCUAAACCUGCUAUUAUUGCAUUGCUGAUCUACGCUCUUUUACCGAUUAUCCGUAAUACCUAUACAGGAAUUACAGAAGUGAAUCCGACUGUUAUUGAAGCGGCAACAGCGAUGGGAAUGAACAGAAGCCAGCUUCUUUUUAAAGUGAAGCUUCCCUUGGCCAUGCCUGUGAUCAUUGCGGGGAUAAGAACAGCAGCAGUGAUCAACGUGGGAGUGGCUACUUUGGCAUCCUUUGUUGCAGCCGGAGGUUUGGGUGAAUUUAUCUUUGGAGGCAUUUCACUCAAUAAUACAAACAUGAUUCUGGCAGGGGCAAUUCCUGCAGCCUUGUUGGCUGUUUUGCUGGAUCAGACCAUUGCUGUUGUUCAGAGAUCCGGAUACGGUCUGUUUCAGAAACUGAAAUAUGUGGUUCCGGCUAUUCUUAUCAUUAUCGGAGCGGCUUAUCUGCUCACAUCUGUUUCAGGAAAUAAAAUAAAAGCAGGUUUUACUCCGGAAUUUAUGGGAAGGCAGGAUGGUGAUCUGGGAUUGCGAUCUGUGUACGGACUUAACGUCAAUCCUGUUGUGGUAAACGAUGCCAUCAUGUACAAAGCGGCCUAUGAAAAAGAACUCGAUCUGAUCAGCGGAUAUUCUACCGAUGGCAGAAUCAAAGCUUUUGAUCUCUAUGUCCUGAAUGAUGAUAAGAAAAUAUUUCCCCCAUAUUAUGCAGCACCUGCCAAUUCAACGACUCCAUCAUGA